AUGCGCUCUCUUCAACCUUUCCUCUAUCUGGUUAUUUUCUGGACAGUAGGAGCGGAAGCGUCAGACCCUAACUUACCCUUCAUGGAGUACCUAGACCAGAACCGUUUGGUCUGCUUGAAGUGGGGCUUUGAUAGCCUGCAAGGGGACAUAACAUUCAAACUGGUGGUCAACACUACAGGCUGGGUGGGCUUUGGUUUAAGCCCGAAUGGAGGAAUGCAAGGAGCAGAUAUCGUCAUGGGCGGACUAGGACCAAGUGGAAGCUACUUCCAAGACUAUCAUGCCACUGGGAACUCCAUGCCUUUGGUGGACGAGCAGCAGAACUACACUCUCCUCUCCGUAAUUGAAAGUGAAGGUCAAACCAUCAUGACCUUUAAGAGGGCAAUUCAGUCGUGUGAUGAGCAAGACUUCCACAUCACUGCUCAGGCUGCUAAAGUGAUCUAUGCGUAUGGAACAACAGAUGACAUCAAAUAUCACGCAUCCCGUAGAGGAACCAAGGAAGUCAACCUGCUGAACUACGUGCCCAAGUCAACGAUAAUAGGCCCCAACUACUUCAUGGCCAGGGUGGAUAAUAUCUCUGUCCCACAAAAUCAUACCUACUACCACUGCAAGGUCAUGAAGCUUCCAACCUUAAUUAAAAAACAUCACAUAUAUCUGGUUGAACCAGAGAUUGAGCACCCUGACAUCGUUCACCACAUGCUGCUGUACAGCUGCCCCUCCUUUGUGACAGAACCGUAUGACAACCCGUGCUUCAUUGGCGACAUUGGUGACGCCUGCUUCCAAACUGUGGCCUCGUGGGCAGUAGGAGGAGGGGUGUUCGCGCUUCCAGAAAAUGUGGGGUUGCCUAUUGGAGGGGAGGAGAGUGACAUUUUUUACAGGCUGGAAAUCCACUACAAUAAUCCAAAUGGAGUAAAAGGAAGGACAGACAGCUCAGGACUAAAACUGUAUUAUACAGACCAGCUCCGGCAGUAUGAUGGGGCCACCUUGACUACAGGUGUGCUGCAAUUUACGAACAUGGAGUAUAUAAUACCCCCAAAAGCCACUAAUUUCCACACCUACGGCGUGUGUAACACCAGUGUCUUCUCUCAGCUUUUGAAUCCUCUUCCUGACCUUCAUGUGUUCGCUGUGAUGCUGCACACUCACUUGGCUGGGAGGAAAGUCAGAGUUGGUCACUAUAGAGAUGGAGUGCAGAUAGACUUCUUGGCUUUGGAUGAAAACUACAACUUUGAGUAUCAGGAGAUAAUCACUUUGGGAAGCACAAAGACCAUCAAGUCGGGCGAUGAGAUCUUAGUGGAGUGCACCUACAGUACGAGCACCCGCACCAAGACCACUAGAAUGGGGCUAGGAACAACUGAUGAAAUGUGUCUGGCCUUCCUCCUCUAUUACCCUGCAAUCAAGAUCAGCUCAUGCAUCAGCCACCCAAAUACACUGCAUCCAUCACUGAGCACCAGCAACCAGAUGAUUCAGGGAACCACAACUUUAAGCGAGGAGGAAAUUGUUGAGUAUGAGCAUUUGCUAAAGACUGUACCACAACUCCAGUUGGUCUCGGAUGUCGAGAGUAACUUCUCAUUUGAUACAAAUGGAAUUAUCAGAGACAUGAAGACCACACCAACUGUCAUUUGUCAGAACACCAAUAGGUCAAGCAGACUCUGCACUACCUGGAUCAUGAGCGCAGCAGGAAUCCUACUUUUCUUAAUUGCAAUAAUGUAGAUGAUUGAAUAAAC